AUGAAGAAAUCUCUUAGCAUAGUGGAAUAUUAUGCAGAACAUGAACGAUACAAGUGCGGUUAUUGUAAGAAGCCUGAUAAGAGUUACAGUCAUGGCAUGUGGGCGCACUCAUUGACUGUUAGUGAUUAUCAGGAUUUAAUAGAUAGAGGCUGGAGGCGUUCUGGCAAGUAUUGCUAUAAACCCACAUUAAAUGUCACUUGCUGUCCUUCUUAUACUAUACGAUGUCGAGCACUUGAGUAUAAGGCAAGUAAAUCACAGAAAAAGAUAUUAAAACGAGUCAAUAAGUUCUUGUUGGGGGAGACACAACAGUGUGAAAAUGAUGGAGAUAGAAAAAUGACAAUGAGUUCUGGACAAGUAUCUGAUAAUUCAGAGGAGGGAAAUGAACAGUUUGUUGAACCUAAGAGAGAUCCACAGAACAUAAAUAUACAAGAUGUUGCAGUAAGCCAAGAAGACCCAUCAAGUAUAAGUAUUGUUAAGAGAGAUGUCAAAGGCACAUCCUUAAACAGAUCAAUAUAUAAUGCCGUACCAGCAUCUUCGAAUGUUGCGCCACCUCAGAAAGAUAUGGGCAUGGAUAUUACUAAGGCACCAUGUAAAAAAGCAAAGCUUCUGAGACAUGAGAAAAGGUUACAAAAACUUAAGGAAAAAGGUGUUGAUAUAAGUGUCCUAAUAAACACUAAUAAAAAUAAUGAAAAACAAAUUGAGGAUAUCAUCAAUGAGUUGCCAGAAAUUGUGAAACAUAAACUAGAGAUUAAAUUAGUGAGAACAACUCCACCUAGCCCAGAGUGGCUAGCAACUUCUAAAGAAACACAUGAAGUGUAUGUUAAAUAUCAGACGAGGAUACAUGGUGAUACACUGGCAAAGUGCAGUGAACCAAAGUUUAAAGAAUUUUUGGUUCAAAGUCCAUUAUUGGAAGAACAUAGUGAGGUUGGACCUGCCUCUGGUUAUGGAUCAUUUCAUCAACAGUAUUGGUUAGAUGGUAAAAUUAUAGCUGUUGGGGUUAUUGAUAUAUUACCCAAGUGUGUAUCAUCAGUGUACUUCUUUUACGACCCUGAUUAUAUGCAUUUGACACUAGGCACUUAUGGUGCAUUGAGGGAGAUUGCAUUCACAAGACAGCUGCAUUCGCUCUGCCCAGACCUCAAGUAUUACUAUUUAGCUCAUUGCCCACUGACGUAUGGAAGUCGAAGUGGUACGCGAGGUGAGGCUUUCGUCGGGCGCAGCACGGAAUUGAGCGGAUUCAGUGGCCAGUACCCGAGAGAGAACAAGCCCGUCAGUCGAAGGAAGGCCAGCGCGCGCGCUCCUCGCCACCUGACAGUUGGCGCAUGCGUGCUG